AUGCAGGAAGCAUAUAGAAUCAAAACUUCUAAUAAAGUUCAAUUGGAAAACAAAUUUACAUAAAAAAAAGGUUAGCUAUUAGAAUCCAUAUAAAUCAUGAUUUCAUAAGUUUAAGAGGAACUAUAGGAAUCUAUACUUAAAGAUAAAUAGGAAGUUAUAAAUCAAAAAGCUAAAACAAUAGCUCUUUAGAAAUAAGCUGAUUCUAAAAAUGAUCUUAUACUUGAACAAGAAACUAUCAUAUCUUAGUUAUUACUAAAAAUAUAAGAAUUAGAAAAAGAAUAGUUACCUCAAAAACAAAAUAAUGUAGAUUAAGAUUUAGUAGUCGAGCUUGAGUAAGAAUUGUUAUUACUUAAAACAUUAUCAAAUAAACUUCGAUAAAAAGCUAAUCGAUUAUGCAGUUACUUUGUUUGUCUAAGAUUAUAUAAUGCAGAAUAAGGUUUAAAAAUUUAAUAAGAUGAUUAUGAUUAUAAUUUACUUGUAAUGCCAAAAAUUCCAGAUCAUUCUAGUUUGAUUUCUAGUUUAUAAGAAUCUGAAAGAAUCUUAAAAUAAAAAUUAGAAUAGCAAGUAUAAUGACAUUUAAUAAUAGGGAUAUUAAAAUUCAAGAGAUUUAGGUUGA